AUGGGCUGUUUCCAGUCCAAAACCGCCAAUGUUCAGUCGCCUGACCAAGAACCUCCACAGCCUGAGUCCAAACCAGAUCUGGCAAAUGGGGACCAAGGAGAUCAAGAUCUGGUGCCUGCAUUCCAAGAAUUUGGCCUUACGGAGCUGCGAUCUGCAACAAAUGAGUUCAGCAGCGAUUUGAUUGUUUCAGAGAGUGGAGAGAAGGCUCCAAAUGUUGUCUAUAGAGGGAAGCUUCGAAAUAAUCGGCUUGUUGCAAUUAAGCGCUUCACAAAGCAGUCAUGGCCCGACCGCCAACAAUUUGUGGCAGAAGCUGCUGGUGUUGGUAAGGUUAGACACAUGAGAUUGGUGAACUUAAUUGGAUGUUGUGCCGAGGGGGAUGAGCGUCUAUUAGUUGCUGAAUUUAUGCCUAAUGAUACACUAUCAAAGCACCUCUUUCACUGGGAUAAACAACCUUUGCCAUGGGAAAUGCGUGUGAGAGUUGCAAAUCAUAUAGCACAGGCUCUUGACCACUGCAAUGCUGAAAACCGAAAAAUCUAUCAUGAUUUAAACGCUUUCAGAGUUCUUUUUGAUGAGGAUGGUGAUCCUCGUUUAUCUAGUUUUGGCCUGAUGAAAAACAGCAGAGAUGGAAAGAGUUAUAGCACCAAUCUAGCUUAUACGCCCCCUGAGUUUUUGCGCACUGGCAGGGUCAUUCCAGAAAGUGUGAUUUACAGUUAUGGAACUGUUCUACUGGACCUUUUGAGUGGAAAGCAUAUUCCUCCUAGCCAUGCAUUGGAUUUGAUAAGAGGAAAGAAUGUUUUAUUGCUGUUGGACUCAUCCUUGGAGGGACAAUAUGCUAAUGAAGAUGCUACUGCAUUAGUUGAACUUGCAUCUAAGUGCCUCCAAUAUGAAGCUAGAGACCGGCCUGAUAUGAAAUUUCUUCUAACUUCCGUGGCCCCUCUUCAAAAGCAGGAGGUUGCUUCUCAUGUAUUGAUGGGUCUUACGAAAACUCCCGUGGUUAUACCUACCCUGCUUUCUCCUCUUGGAAAUGCUUGUGCGAGGAUGGAUCUUACUGCUGUACAUGACAUCUUGCUUAAAACGGGAUAUAAAGACGAAGAGGGUGCAGAAAAUGAGCUUUCAUUCCAAGAAUGGACCCAGCAAGUUCAAGAUAUGAUGAAUACAAAGAAAUUUGGGGAUAUUGGAUUCAGGGACAAGGAUUUCAAGAGUGCCAUUGAUAAUUAUUCAAAGCUGGUAUCAAUGAUGUCUGUUCCUUCUGGUACGGUAUUUGUGAGACGAGCCCUCUCAUACUUGAUGAUUGGCCAACCGGAACUUGCACUGAGAGAUGCAAUGCAGGCGCAAGUUUGCUUGCCAGAAUGGCCGACUGCAUUUUAUAUCCAGGCUCUCGCCCUCUCCAAGCUUGGAAUGGAAACUGAUGCUCAGGACAUGCUCAAUGAUGGAGCUGCCUUUGAAGCUAAGAAGCAAAAUAGUCGACGCAGUUAA